AGGCACUCUUGACACUGGAUCCCAGGAGGGAAAAGCUUUUGCUUGUGGCGGGAACUCGGACCUGCUUCGGAACUGGACUAUUUUGGCUCCCCUCGUAAGGAUUCCGGUGGCUCGCGCGGCUGUGCAGCUCCCUGGACUUCACAGUACAUGGAAAAAUGCAAGCGUUGCCAGACGUGAAAGCGCCGUGUGACGCCCUUCCUUCGCCCAGCCUGGAGCCCUACGCGCAGAGCUCCAUCGUGGUCACCCUCGAGGACAUGGGGCUCUGGAUGAAGUUUCACCAGAUCGGGACCGAGAUGAUCAUCACCAAAUCCGGCAGACGAAUGUUUCCACAAUGCAAAAUCAAAGUCUCCGGCUUAAUCCCCUACGCCAAGUAUCUCAUGCUGGUAGAUUUUGUACCAAUGGACAACUUCAGGUACAAGUGGAAUAAAGAUCAAUGGGAAGUGGCUGGAAAAGCAGAGCCCCAGCUCCCUUGUCGCACCUACAUCCACCCCGAUUCCCCAGCUCCCGGCAGCCACUGGAUGAAGGAACCUGUCUCCUUCCAGAAGCUGAAGCUCACCAACAACACGCUGGACCAGCAUGGCCAUAUCAUCCUGCACUCCAUGCACCGCUAUAAGCCUCGCUUCCACAUCGUGCAGGCGGACGACCUCUUCAGUGUCCGCUGGAGCAUCUUCCAGGUCUUCAGCUUCCCAGAGACUGUCUUCACAUCCGUCACUGCUUACCAGAACGAGAAGAUCACAAAACUCAAGAUCGACAACAAUCCAUUUGCUAAAGGCUUCCGGGAGCAUGGAAAGAACACCCGAAGGGAAGGACGAGCCAAGUGCCAGAAAUCCAGUCCCGCCAAAAGCCAGAAGAGGAAGCUGCCCGAGGAAAAGGAGCCCGCUGCUGAGGAACGUGACUUCGGGAAGGACGAGGACGUGGGCGUGAAGGAGGAGAGCAACCCGGUGGUGGUGAGCGGCGCCUUCCCCUUCUGGGCGGCGGAGCAGAGCGGCGGCCAGGCCUUUCCCGCCGCGGCGCCCGCGCCGGCCGAGCCGCGCGACCCUCCGGCCAGGGAGCAGCAGGUGCCCACGCCGUCCUACCAGGCCUACCGCUUCCAGGAGGCCGCGGAGGCGCCGCCCGCCCGCGACGCGGCCGCGCUCGCGGACCCGCGCCCGCGGUGCCCCCACGCGCUGGAGCUGCUGCCCGAGCACGAGGCCAAGCAGCUGCCCGAGGCCUUCGCCAGCCUGCUGCCGCCGCCGCUGCCGCCGCCGCAGGACUACGCCGGCGUCGUCAACGUGGCCGUGGACGCCGUGGGCAAAGGCGGCGCCCGCGCGCCCGUGUACGGCCCCUACGGCGCCGAGCAGGGCCUGGGCCAGUGGAUGGUGCCCGCGCACGGCCAGUACCGCGCCGUGAGCUACUCGGCCUUCUCCACGGAUUACAACGCGCAGGGCGCGUCGGGACAUGCCCACGGCGCCGUGGCCGAGUGGAGCCAGUACCCGCUGUUCCCCUACGCCUGCUGGUGA